AUGAGCCAGCAUCAGCUUUGGUUUCGACUAAAGCGUUCAAUUGAUGCUUUUAUGCAAGUAAUUGGACAUAAGCCGCCUCCGCCGUCGUUUGCAUUGGCAUUCGACGCUGGAAUACCUUCUUCGACGAUGUCAACGUCUUCAAUGAUUUACGGAAGUGUACAGGAAAUGAUAAAGGAUAUUAGUAUUGUCUUCGGAGUACCCAAAUAUAGGACUAGUAAACCAAAGAAAGUCACUCGAAAAUUCGCAGUGAAUCGACUUCUAAAGCCGGUCGACAAUCUUGUUUCAUGUCCAGCGUGCGCAAAUAUUCAUCCAUCGGAUACGAUUUGCGACAAAUGCUAUGAAAAAGUUCGAUUGCUGACAAAUGAGAUUAAAAAGAAGAUGAUGGAGUAUAAUCCGUACGUGGGCGAACGACAAGACAAACCGGUGCACGUUCGAUUCCGCGGCGAUCCCGAAGAGAAGCCGCAAGUUGUGAAUGGGAAGCGUGUCAUCGAAUUGGAAAAAGAGCGGCCGAGUUGGUUUCGAAAAAUGCUUCUCCUGAAAAAAUGA